GGUGGGUGGAGGAGAGAGCCCACAUAGCGAUCUCUUUACUGGAGGAGCAGCAGCGUUUCUGCUCCCAACUGCCCGCUCACGCUAUGUUGCCCGACCGGUUGGCCUCCUGACACCGAACGGGACGCGAGGACAGCGGGAUAACAUAACCGUAUGUGACAGAGUUAUGGACGCUAAUCGAGAUUUGUGGAGCUCUGCGGCUCGCUGAAACAUUUGAGACUGCCCCCAGCUGCUGCCUAAGCAACGGCUAGCAUUAGCCGCUGAAGACAAACAGCUGCCCGGAAGGAGGCCGCCGCGGCGCCGGGUUGGGAUUUAACGUUCCUCGCCCCGACAUUCCUGCCGAUCCCACACAAAGCCAACCGCGAAGGGGUAUUUAUGUGUCCCGGGUAAGAAUGGAGUCCACUUUGGGGAUAUCCAACGAGGAAUGCUUGGCAACUGUGAAAGGUCAGGAGCUGAGGUCUGGCCAGAAGGAGCCCAGACUGCUGUCUCUAAUUGAACGCAAUGGAGAGUUUAUAUUGGGCGUUUUGGCCACUCCUGAUGCUGUCGUGUCUCGUCCAGUGGCCCAGUUAUCCAUACCUGUGAACCAGAAAUUUGAAAUUAUACGAGAAGCUGAAGAGGCUCUCCUGAUUGACUUUUCUGACGAUUCGAGUAUUACAGUACGAAUCAGAGGAGAAAGGUCUCCAGAGCUGAUGCUGGAGCUGCAGGACGAUGAGCGGACUCAGACGUUCUUAACGCAGGUGAAAAGCGCUCAAGAGCAAGUUGCGUACAAGCUAAGUAAACCCAAAGCGAUGGAGCCGCUCACUCCAGCGGCGCAUCGAGGUCCGGUUCCGGUUCCACCACAGCGGGCCACAAAGACCGCCAACAGCAGCGGAGACCACCAGACCAGAACCUUCAUAGCUCCGGUCUCCAACCUCAACAACGCAGCAGGAAAUCAUAAUGCCACCGAAUAUGGAUUUGGAGAGGGCUUAAAGAACACCGUUAAAGUGGAGGAGAAGAAGAACCAGCAGAAUCGGAUCGUUGCGUCCAGAGAGCCGCCUCCUGUUCCCACUCUGCCUCCCCGAAAAGCCUCCUUCCCUCCGUCCAAUCCUCUUCCUCCGCCUCCAAUCCCAAAAGAUUCGGCUGCAGCCUUUCAGGCCCGAGUCACCGCUCCUGUACCGAACACCAAACCAGAUAGUUUCAGGCCUACUGAUUACACGGACAGGCCGACAUCCUGGUGUGACAGUCCGUCUACCAACAGCAUGAGGCAGGCCAUGCUGUCCAGCGAGGCCGGGCAAAGAGAGUACCUCAUUAAACACCGCCUGGGCAAAAAGGAGAAGGAGUAUGUGGACGUCCAGCCCUUCAGUUUCUUCAUCGGAACCUGGAACGUGAACGGUCAGUCCCCAGACAGCAGCCUGGAUCCCUGGCUCUGGUGCGACCCCGAUCCUCCUGAUAUUUACGCCGUUGGUUUUCAAGAACUGGACCUGAGCACUGAGGCGUUUUUCUACUUGGAGUCGUCCAAAGAGCAGGUCUGGAUCGAAGCCGUGGAGAGGAGCCUGAAUAGAAAAGGCAACUACAAAAAGAUCCGGGUGAUCCGACUUGUUGGGAUGAUGCUUGUGGUCUUUGUCAAGAAGAAACACAAGAAUCACAUCAAGGAAGUGGCUGCAGAGCACGUUGGGACGGGAAUUAUGGGAAAAAUGGGGAACAAAGGAGGCGUCGCUGUCAGGUUUGUUUUCCACAACACCAGCUUCUGCAUCGUUAACUGCCACCUGGCGGCUCAUGUUGAAGACUUUGAACGCCGCAAUCAGGACUACAGAGACAUCUGUGCCCGAAUGACCUUCCACCUCCUGGACUACCCGCCACUGAGCAUCGUCAAACACGAUGUGGUGAUCUGGCUUGGAGACCUGAACUACCGCCUCUUCCUGAACGAUGCAGCAGAAGUCAAACAUCUCAUUGCUGAGAACAGGCUAAAGAAGCUGCAGGAGUAUGACCAGCUGAACGUUCAGAGACAAACCAAAAGAGCCUUCACCGACUUCUUAGAGGGAGAUAUCAACUUCAUUCCCACAUACAAGUACGACACUAAAACGGAUCGAUGGGACUCCAGCGGGAAGUGCCGAAUCCCUGCCUGGUGCGAUAGGAUUCUUUGGCGGGGCAGCAGCGUCACGCAACUCAAAUACCGAAGCCACAUGGAAAUGAAAACGAGCGACCACAAGCCCGUCAGCUCGCUCUUCAAAAUUGGGGUGAAAGUCGUGGAUGAGCUUCGCCAGAAAAAAGUGUUUGAAGACAUCGUUCGCGCCAUGGACCGCAUGGAGAACGACUGCCUUCCUUCUGUGUCUCUCAGCAGGAUAGAUUUUACGUUUAAGGACGUCAAGUUCAGGCAGCUGCAGAAGGAGCGCUUCCUGAUUAAAAACGACGGCCAGGUACCGUGUCACUUUGCCUUCAUCCCCAAACCAAACGACCCAAACUAUUGCAAACCGUGGCUGCGUGCCGAACCCAGCGACGGAUUCUUGGAGCCAAGUGAGACCCUGGAAAUCUAUCUGGAGGUGUAUGUAAGUAAAGACUCUGUUACGCUGCUAAACUCUGGACAAGACUCUAUUUAUGAUAUCCUGGUGCUCCAUUUGGACCGCGGCAAAGACUACUUCAUCACCAUCUCUGGGAACUACCUGUCCAGCUGCUUUGGCACCUCACUGGAGACUCUGUGUCGCAUCAGGAAGCCGGUCAGAGAGGUCGCCAACCUCAUCGACCUGGGAGAGGACAGCGGUACAGAGAAGGAAAAGUCGAUGGUGAAUUUGAUGUUUGCGGAUGGAGGAAGUUCUGACGACGUACCUCUGAAAAUCCCCAAAGAGGUUUGGAUCCUGGUCAACCACCUCUUCACCAAGUCCUGCGAUCAGGAGGAUUUAUUCCAGACUCCAGGCCUGCAGGAGGAGCUCCAGAGCAUCAUUGACUGCCUGGACACCAGCAUCCCAGAGUCUCUACCUGGUUGUAACCACUCGGUAGCCGAAGCUCUGCUGAUCUUCCUGGAGGCCUUGCCGGAGCCGGUGGUUUGCUACGAACUCUACCAACGGUGCCUUGACAGCUCUCACGACAGCCGCCUCUGCAAGCAGCUGGUCUCACAGCUUUCCCGGCCGCAUCGAAACGUGUUUCGAUACUUGAUGUCUUUCCUGAAGGAACUGCUGAAGCACUCGAACAACAACAACCUAACAGCAAACCUCAUCGCUACUCUCUUCGCCAGCCUCCUCAUCCGACCGCCGCCCAACAUGGCCAGCAGGCAGUCGGGUCAUGACCGACAGAAAGCCAUCAACUUCAUCUUGGGGUUCCUCAUGUCUGCAGACGACGACUAACCAACGGGUCGACGGCCCGACCCACCAACGGGUCGACGGCCCGACCCACCAACGGGUCGACGGCCCGACCCACCGGGUCACCGACCCGCUCUUUAUUUCACCAAACCGCUCACCAACUCGGCCAUCACAGGCUGCAGAGACGUCACUUUGACCUCAGCAGGCGUCGCGUUUUCCAUGUGGGAAGAGUUUGAACUGGCUCACUUUUUAACGACUUAAAGGAUGGAGACUGGCCCUCGCCGUCUGCCGACUCUUUACGGGAAGACACUCAUGCCAAAAAACAGUGAGUGGACAAACUGUGCAAACACUAUCCAGAGAGACCCACGCUAAACACAGGAGUGCUACUAUGAGGAGUGGCGGUAAAUAAUACUGUUGAUCAUUUAGUCUGAAAUGUACGGGAGAAGAUUAGGGUCACCAAGAAAAUUUAAAAUUCUAAUUAACUCAGAAUUUUGACCUUUUUUUAAUUUUUUUUAAGAAUUCUGACUUUCUUUCUGA